AUGGCACCAAAGGCGAAGAAGGAAGCGGUUGUUCCCCCCAAGAUGGAAGCCAAGUCCAAGGCUUCGAAGGCCAAGAAGGUGGUAUUGAAGGGUGUGCACAGCCACAAAAAGAAGAAGAUCAGGACAUCCCCCACCUUCUGGCGACCCAAGACUCUAAGGCUUCGAAGGCAGCCCAAGUACCCUCGGAAAAGUGCCCCGAGGAGAAACAAGCUUGACCACUGUGCCAUCAUUAAGUUUCCCUUGACCACUGAGUCUGCUAUGAAGAAGAUAGAGGACAACACCACCUUUGUCUUCAUUGUAGAUGUCAAGGCCAACAAGCAUCAGAUUAAGCAAGCUGUAAAGAAGCUUUAUGACAUCGAUGUGGCCAAGGUCAACACACUGAUCAGGCCUGACGGAGAGAAGAAGGCCUAUGUCCGACUGGCUCCAGACUAUGAUGCUUUGGAUGUUGCCAACAAAAUUGGAAUCAUCUAAACGGUGUCCAGGAAGAUUCAGUUCAAAU